CCAUGUAACAUCGACAUAAUAAAGAAAGAGCACGACGAGAAAGCACAGACAUUCGAGUCAUCCAGGUUAUCGAAAGAAAGGAAGACGCUGACUUUUGAGAUCUCCUUUUUCAUUCUGUGGAUUGAUGAAUCGCUAAAUUAGCGUUCGAUGCUGGAACAAAUAUCAUAUUUUUAGGAUAAACUCUGAAUCACACGGAAAUAUUUCGGAUAGAACAAUGGCAAGGCAAGUACUGCUCUUUAUCUGCCUUCUCUCCGUCGGCUCUGUAAUCGGGCAGGUCAGCUACACAAUCCCGGAGGAAAUGGCCAAAGGAUCUUUAGUCGGAAACAUAGCACAAGAUUUAGGUUUAGAAACAAAACGUUUGACUUCUGGUAAAGCGCGAAUCUACACCCGAGACAGCGACGAGUACAUCGAGCUGAACAGAGAAAGAGGCCUCCUCCUCGUUAAAGAGAGGAUCGACAGAGAGGCGCUGUGCAGACAGACGACGCCGUGUGCUUUGCAUUUUCAGAUCAUUUUAGAGAAUCCUAUGGAGUUUUACACUGUUACCGUACAGAUCACAGAUAUUAACGAUAAUGCACCGACAUUUGAAAAAAGUGAAAUGAAAUUCAAAAUAAGUGAGUCGGCGGCGAGCGGGGCAAAAUUUGUGCUGAAAAGAGCUGUGGAUCUUGAUGUUGGAAUCAACGAUCUUAAAAGGUACGAAUUAAAACCAACAGAUAAUUUCGCUUUGAAACUGCACAGUAACGCCGACGGGAAUAAAAACGUGGAGAUGGUGCUGCAGAAGCCUUUGGACAGAGAGAAGGAAGAGCAGAUAUCUCUUGUGUUGACGGCUGUAGAUGGAGGAGAGCCGCAGAUGUCAGGAACAAUGCUGAUUGUCAUCACUGUUUUAGACGCUAAUGAUAAUGCCCCCGUUUUCACACAGCCAACAUACAAGGCUACAGUCACUGAGAAUUCACCGAAAGGAACAGUAGUUGCCACCGUGACAGCCUCAGAUGCUGAUCAGGGCUCGAACGGUAAGAUAACGUAUUCAAUUACGAAUACUUUAGAUGAUGUCAGUAAAGUAUUUGAGGUAAACGAGGAAACUGGCGAAAUUACUUUAAUUGGAAACAUUGACUUUGAAGAGUCACGAAACUAUCAAAUAAAUUUACUUGCCAGUGAUGAGGGAGGACUCACAGAUUCUUGCAAAUUAAUUGUCGAUGUGCAAGAUACGAAUGAUAACAAGCCUGAAAUUGACAUCAUGUCGAAGUCAGCUGUUAUAUCAGAGGAUGCCAAACAAAAUACUGUUGUUACUAUGAUAAAUAUUGAGGACAGGGAUUCGGGGGAAAACGGAAACGUGAAAUGCUUUAUCGACGAAAAUAUACCUUUCACUCUAAAAGCUUCUACUAAUAAUUUUUAUAGUUUAGUGACAGACAGUGAGUUAGACAGAGAGAGAGCGUCAGAGUAUAACAUCAGUGUGAGCUGCUCUGAUGAGGGAGUGCCCUCCCUCUCCAGCAGCGUCACUCUCACCUUACAGAUCUCUGAUGUGAAUGACAACGCGCCUGUCUUUGAGAGGAGCUCAUAUGAGGCCUACAUUGUAGAAAACAACACACCAGGCCUCUCCAUAUUCACAGUGAGAGCCAGAGACGCUGACUGGAACCAGAAUGCCCGCGUUUCCUACAUCCUGGAGGACUCCUCUGUUAACGGAGUGCCAGUCUCCUCAUAUGUGUCCGUUAGUGCUGAUAGUGGAGUCAUCCAUGCAGUGCGCUCUUUUGACUACGAGCACAUCAAAGAUUUCCACUUCCGGGUCAGAGCUCAGGAUGGAGGCUCCCCUCCUCUCAGCAGCAACGUGACAGUGAAAAUCCUGAUCCAGGACCAGAACGACAAUCCCCCUCAGGUCCUGUACCCAGUCCAGACCGGUGGCUCUAUGGUGGCCGAAAUGGUGCCUCGUUCAGCAGAUGUGGGCUACCUGGUGACUAAAGUGGUGGCUGUUGAUGUGGACUCUGGGCAGAAUGCGUGGCUGUCGUAUAAACUGCAGAAAGCCACAGACAGGGCGCUGUUUGAAGUGGGCUUACAGAAUGGAGAAAUAAGAACUAUCCGCCAAGUGACUGAUAAAGAUGCUGUGAAACAAAGACUGAGUGUUAUAGUGGAGGACAACGGGCAGCCCUCUCGUUCAGCUACAGUCAUUGUUAACGUGGCGGUGGCGGACAGCUUCCCUGAAGUGCUGUCGGAGUUCACUGACUUUGCACACGACAAGGAGUACAAUGACAAGCUGACUUUUUACUUAGUGUUGGCUUUGGCUGUGGUUUCCUUCCUGUUCAUCACGUGUUUGGUGGUUAUUAUAUCAGUGAAAAUCUACAGAUGGAGACAGUCUCGCAUCCUGUAUGAGUCCAAGCUCCCUGUGAUUCCAUAUUAUCCCCCACGUUACUCAGACACUUUGGGGACAGGGACUCUGCAACACGUGUACAAUUACGAGGUGUGCAGGACGACUGACUCCAGAAAGAGUGACUGUAAGUUCGGCAGAGCUGGUAGUCAGAACGUGCUGAUAAUGGAGCCCAGUUCUACAGGGACGAUGCAGCGGAUACAGAGUGACAAGAGCAUCCUGGACGAGCCAGACUCUCCUCUAGAGGUUAGUCUUCCGUUGCAAAACUGUCAUUUCACAAGUAUCCUUUAAGCUAUGAAAACAACA